UAUUCCUUGUCUUUUAUGCGUAAAUUUUGCAGUUAAUUAUUUGUGUAUUAUCAAUCAGCUAUACCUACAAAAUCUCAUUGAACAUUGUAAUGUUGUGGCAGUCACGUGAAGGACAUUCUACCUUUUUCCUUAAAGAAAAUGAAGCACAAACUGAUAAUUUUAUUGAGAUGUACCUUAGGCCCCCAUCAGCUAGUGAGGAAGCACGGAUAAAUGAUUGGAUUAAAGUGCGGCAAUCUGGUAUUAGAUAUUAUCUGUCACUUGGGGACCAGAGAAUUGUGGACAAAAAUUUCAUCAUCAGACCAAAAGCUGAAUUUGAGGUUGGACGGAUGACACUAGGUGGAUUGCUGGCUUUGGGGUACAAUGUUGUAGUUAGUUAUAAAAGGGCAUCAACAGCAGUUAGUGUUGGCAGUCUUUCCCUGUCAUUUGAAACGAUUGAUACUCUUGGAGAAACGUUCUUGGUGCUGAGGGGCACUGAUAGGAAAACAGUUGGAGCAGAAGCAUUGAGGAUGGGUAUCACUGGACCAUGGCUCACUAAAUCAUAUCUGGAAAUGAUACUCGAAAGAAAAGGUGUACCACGCCUCAAUACUCCUCCACUUGUUUCUACUUCGUCUGUGCCUAGUAAUCAAGAAAAAGUGAUUGCGGCACCAAAGCCUAUCCGUACUACUCCAAACCUUGUAACUCGACUGGAGGAUUUAUCUCAGCCUUGGACUCGGUCUCCGACAAAAUCUCAAAUGGAACCUGUAUUAGCAACAUGGCAUUUUAUCUCAUCAGAUCCUUCACAUGGUGAUGCCGUUAUAGAUUCUUCUGCUUUCAGGGAUACAAUGAAACUUGCCCCAAUGCCUGAUUCAUAUGACUUGGAUCGGGGCUUGCUUCUUGCUGUUCAAGCAAUACAGGCUUUGUUGGAGAAUAAAGGUGUUCCCAUUGUAGUUGGAAUUGGUGGUCCUAGUGGAUCUGGAAAGACUAGUUUGGCACAUAAAAUGGCAAAUAUUGUUGGUUGUGAAGUAGUUUCCCUUGAAAGAUAUUUUAAGUCUGAGCAAGUUAAGGAUUUCAAAUAUGAUGACUUCAACUCUCUUGAUUUUCCUUUGCUUUCAAAGAAUAUUGGUGACAUAAGGAAAGGCCGGAGGACAAAAAUACCUUUAUUUGACUUGGAGACUGGUUCUCGUAAUGGGUUCAAAGAGCUUGAAGUGUCUGAUGAUUGUGGUGUGAUAAUUUUUGAGGGGGUUUAUGCUUUGCAUCCUGAAAUCAGAAAAUCCCUUGAUUUGUGGAUUGCUGUUGUUGGAGGUGUUCAUUCACACCUGAUUUCUCGAGUUCAAAGAGACAAAAGUAGAGUGGGGUGUUUUAUGUCCCAAAAUGAGAUCAUGAUGACAGUGUUUCCAAUAUUUCAGCAGCAUAUUGAACCCCAUCUUGUUCACGCACAUCUGAAAAUUAGAAAUGAUUUUGAUCCUGUUCUUUCUCCUGAGAGUUCACUCUUCGUUUUGAAGAGUAAUAAACAAGUGGCCUAUCAGGAUAUUUUAAAAAUCCUUGACUCUGCAAAGUUCUGUAGUUCUGUUCAGAAUUUCAUUGAUAUAUAUUUAAGGCUUCCUGGAACUCCUACAAAUGGGCAGUUAACAGAAAGUGACUGCAUACGUGUCAGAAUAUGUGAGGGCAGAUUUGCACUACUGAUACGAGAGCCAAUAAGGGAAGGGAAUUUCAUCAUUCAGCCCAAAGUGGAUUUUGACAUUAGCAUUAGUACAGUUGCUGGCCUUCUUAACCUUGGGUAUCAAGCUGUAGCCUACAUUGAAGCAUCUGCACUCAUCUACCAAGAUGGCAAGGUAACAUUGAUUUGGGUCUUAAUACUUGUUUUUGUUUUGAGGCUACUGGCUUUUGGGUGUUUGCUUCUGAAAAGUGAUUUUAUGAAGUUUGGUAGUGGGAAUAAACUACUGAAGUUGAGGAUGGUAAUUAGUGGGAUAAUUUGGUCAUUAGAUUUUGAGAGGUGGGUUGCUGGAAGGAUCUAGAUUUAGAGUGGUUCUGUUAGGUUUUCUUUGUUCUGUGAUAGACUAGGGUUCUCCCAUUGGAUCUUUGGUGCAGAAGAGGCUUGGAAUGUUAAGCUCUUGUCUUUAAGGGUGUCUUUGGGGUAGGCAAAGAUUUAUGAUGCUGCAUCAUACUGUAGCAAGCAGUUUAAAGCGGAAUUGCACUACAGUUCAGUGACAGGACAGUUUAGGUGCUUCUUGAAUUGAAGUGACUUUGUUCUGAGCUUUGACUUCUACUUGUGUUAAAUUGAUCAAGAGAUAUUUCUAAAUUAGGUGCUUCAUUUCUGGACUAGACAAGGAAGUAGUGGAUCAUUUGGUAAAAGUUACUGGAAAAGCCUGUCACUAUGGUGUUAAUUUUUCUUCUUGUUACAUACUUUAUGCUGGGUAAUAACGUGAUUUGAUAUUUGUUUCCAAGUAAAGGAUGUGGCAGUUUAGGUUCCAUUAGAUACUAAUCUCAGUAUGUCUCUCUUGUGAGUAGAUCUUAUUGGUUCACUUGGAA